AUGCAGUUUGAAAGAAUGGAGCCAUGGGAGGGACUUGAUAUAGACGACAGUGAUCUCAAAGCAUUCUUAAAAAAGUGCAACUCAACUGCAACGUUGAUACCAGGACCUGCUGGAAAUGUACAAGCGGCCAUGCUAAACAGGCAAACAGAUGAACCUAAGUCAACACAGGAAUUUGUUAAUGACAUUGCAAAGGCAACAUUUGAUCGAGAUUUCAAAUCUAAUCCUUGGAUAUGGGCUGAGAAGUUCAUUAAACACCAUGGACUUGUACAAGAUGGCAACAUUAACAACGUCACCCAGCUAGAACGCGUUAAGUCAAUGCAUGUCCUUCCGUUUGUAGCAUGCAUUGUUAAAGAGUGCAACCCAAAUGGAUUGGGUGACAUGAAAAUUGUUGUCAAGGAUCAAAGUACCUCAUUGUCUGCUUCGGUUCACAACAAAGUCCUUCUGCAUCCAGAGUUUGGGCCCGAUAUAGGAGUUGGUGCUGUGUUAUUAUUGCAAAGUGUUGGUGCAUUGAGUCCUUUUGGCAGGAUUUACUAUUUGAAUAUAACAGUCCGGAACGUUGUUAAGGUCUUCAAAGCUGACAUAGGUGUUACCAAUAAGGAGUAUUGUUAUUCCGCUGUGCAAAAUUCUAUAACGGUACCGAUUGUUCCAACAAUAGGUCCUCCAACUGAGGAACUACUUAACGCUUCAUCAAGACCUGUGAUUCGACCCAACCCAUGUGCCGAAAACAACAACAAAGACAAAGAUGUUGGUCCAUCUGAAAAGGCUUGUCCUUCUCGCUCUAAUAAUAAAACAACAACCACCAUGGAAGAUUGA